GCUACGCCACAUCGUUCAUUUAAUUAGCGCUGACAAGUCUUUCACACAACAUUGUGCUCUCGUUGAAUACAUACUGUGUUCUUUACGAAGUAAAACGUUUCUAAAAUGGGAUUGCUCUUCAUAACCACGUUAGUUGUGGUGCUCCAAAACGCAGCCCAGCCAUCCGAGAGUUUAUCUGUCACAAACUACGGCACGAAGCAAAUCAGUAUGAUGCGACACGGAGAAAAAUAUGCCACGAAUCGGCCUUGCUAUGCUUGGGAGGAUGUGCAACCAAAGUACCACGGAAUGACCCACAUUAGAGGCAUUAACGAUAAAGUAGGCUCGUUUAUCUUCGAUGUCGAUGCGCCUGUGUUUGUUUAUCUUGCCGUCGACUCGCGUUACCCAUACAUACACGGAAUCGCUUUCGAAAACACGCACGACAAGUUCAUGCUUGGCGGCUGUCAUAGCCGAACACCGUUUCACAUCUACAGAAGCAAAAAAGCUCUUGGCCCGGGAAAAGUGGUCGUAAAGUUCAAUGCAUCGCGAAUGACAGGUGUUCUCGUCCGAGAUGCAAGACUGGUCCAACCCGCAGCCGAGUUGAAAAUCGCCCCUCUAUCCUCGACUCAUGCCGAACUCAGUAUGGUACGAGAUGGAGAGAAAUUCAGCACAAACCGCGCCUGUUACACAAUGACCAACAUUCCUCCAAGGUUUUAUGGUCUGACUCACGUCCGACUUUUGAACGACGAGAAAUCAAUAUCGUUUCAAAUAAAUGUCCCAGCCAUUAUCUACGUCGCCAUCGACUCGCGUUACCCCAACAUUCUUCCGUCCACCUUUGUGUUUACGGGCGAGAAAAUCGUUCAUGCAGGAUGUCAUUCUCCGACAGACUUCCCAGUGUAUUCGCAGAAAUUCGCCCCGGGUAACGUUGCAAUCACUUUAAAGAAACUCAGAAUGUUGGCCGUUUUUGUGGAGCCAAUCGUGGACAAUACAUUCAAAUCUGGGAUUUAUUAGAACUGAUAAGUUUCUUAGAACUGAUAAUUUCUUAGAACUGAUAAUUUCUUAGAACUGAUAAUUUCUUAGAACUGAUAAUUUCUUAGAACAUUUGGCGUGACUGCUCCAAAAUACAGCUAGUAUAUGCGAGUUAAUUUUUGACCCAUAUAUAUAUUUUAACCUAUUACAGUAACCAUUUCAUUGUAGUUGAUUUAAUUGAUCACAUGCAAUUGCAUUACACACCGCGUGAAAAAUCUCACAUCUUGUAGCAAGUCUGCCAACAAGUUGUGUUCGCACUGCUUGUCCCCAGUUGUCAACAAGUUUGGAAUAAGCGGUUAACAACUUGUAACAACCUUGUCGAUACUAUCAUACUUGUUGCAAGGUUGUUCUAGCCGAACAGGUCACACGAUAUAACAAUGUUGUUACAACCUUGUCACGUCAAACUUGUAACAUUCUAGUUGUUGUAUCAUGACUGUAUCAGACUUGUUAGAACAACCUUGUAACAAGUCGAAACCUAGCUCGAAG